UUUGAGGUGACCCCACACAAUUUGAUUAAUCGCAAUUAUACUAAUCUGAAUCUCACACAUCAACCAACUGGAAUCGUUUAAUCAUCUCUCUCUUGUUCUGACUGGCUUCUAUUCUGAUUUCUGCCAAUUGUUGCUGAAACAUUCCUUCCAUCUCUGAUAUCAGAAAACUUUUCGAUCCUAGUUCCAAUUCCAAGCAAGAAACAAUGGCUGACGCUGCUAUCAGUGCUACUGUUAAGGUCGUCUUGGGGACAGUCAUUUCCAUUGCCGCGGACCGCAUUGGUAUGGUUCUCGGGGUGAAAGCAGAGUUGGAGAGACUAAGCAAAACUGCUGCAACGAUCCAAGGUUUCCUGGCUGAUGCUGACGGGAAAAUGCAUAGCCAAGGGGUGCGAGGUUGGCUCAAGGAGCUAGAGGAUGAGGUUUUUAAAGCUGAUAAUGUGCUGGACGAGCUCCAUUACGACAAUCUUCGUCGGGAGGUGAAGUACCGAAAUCAACCAAUGAAGAAGAAGGUAUGCUUCUUCUUCUCCUUCUUUAAUGCAAUUGGCUUUAGUUCCAGCUUGGCUUCAAGGAUCCGGGACAUCAACACCAACCUAGAAAGGAUCAACCAGGGAGCCGGUCGCUUGGGAUUGACCAACCAAAUUGAAGCUGCACCCCCUGCUGAUGCCGCUGGUGCCAGACAGACCGACUCUAUUGUUGUUCCGAACGUUGUAGGAAGAUCCGGCGACGAGUCAAAGAUUGUGGACAUGUUAUCGAGCCCAUCUGAAAAGGUUCUUUCUGUUAUUCCCAUAACAGGCCCGGGAGGUUUGGGAAAGACAACUCUUGCUAAAUCAGUCUACAACAAUCCAAAAAUUGAUGAGAAUUUUGGCAUAAAGAGUUGGGUUUGUGUGGCUAGAAAAAUUGAUACAGUGGGGCUGUUCAAACUCAUUUUAGAAUCGUUGACAAAAACAAAGGUUGAAGUGGAUGGUAGGGAAGCCAUAGUUCAAGAAGUUCGAGGAAAGCUCAAGGGACAAAGAUAUUUCCUUGUUCUUGAUGAUGUGUGGGAUCAUGAACAAGGAUCGUGGGAUGACUAUUUCAACACUUUGAUGGGACUCAACGAAACCAAAGGAAGCUGGUGUCUUCUCACUACUCGUCUAGAAUAUGUGGCUAAUGCUGUGCCUAGACAUUUGCAAAUGAAUGAUCGUCCUUAUUUCUUAGGAAAGCUAUCAGGUGAUGAGUGCUGGUCCAUCAUAAAAGGAAAGGUGAUGAGUGCAGGGGAAGAAGUACCAGAAGAAUUGGAAGCACUGAAGGAGCAAAUUUUAAGGAGAUGCGAUGGCCUACCCUUGGCGGCAAGUUUGAUUGGUGGCUUGUUGCAUACCAACAGAAGAGAGAAGUGGCACUCCAUUGUGCAGGAGAGUCUUUUGAAUGAAUAUCAAAGCCAAAUUAAUCAAAUACUUAAGGUGAGCUUUGAUCAUUUAUCAUCUCCAUCAGUUAAGAAAUGUUUUGCAUAUUGCUCGAUUUUUCCCCAGGACACUGAAUUAGGAGAAGAUGAACUAAUUCAGCACUGGGUUGCUAAAGGUUUUGUUCUACCAGAUCGGGAAAACACAAGAAUGAUGGAGGAAAGAGGAGGCAAGUAUUUGAGGAUUUUGUUACAAAGUUCCCUGCUGGAAAAAGUCCAAGAGUCAUACUAUAAAAUGCACGAUCUCGUGCAUGAUUUUGCAAAAUCAAUUCUUAAUCCAGAAAGCAGCAAUCAGGAUCGCUACCUUGCAUUGGACUCUUCUAAAGGUUUGGAAGAAAAUACCAUAAGGACAAUACCAGCAUCAAUUCGCACGUUAUUUCUCCAUGUAGAGGGUGGCAUAUCUACUGACAUGAACAUGCUUUUAAGAUUCAAGUGCUUGAAUGUUCUCAGAUUGUCUGGAUAUGAUGUCGAGUCUCUACCGAUCUCCAUUGGCAAACUACUACAUUUGCGGUUGCUCGACAUUUCAUCUUCUGGAAUCACAAGUUUGCCGGAAUCUCUUUGCAAGUUAUAUAAUUUGCAGACACUAACUAUGAGAGAUGGUGAACUUGAAGGAGGUUUUCCAAAACGGAUGAGCGAUUUGAUCAGCUUGCGACAUCUAAACUACUAUCAUGGUGGUGCAGAAUUGAAAAUGCCGGUGCAGAUGGGACGAUUGACUUGUCUUCAAACUCUAGAGUUCUUUAAUGUAAGUCAAAAAAGGGGAUGUGGUAUCGAAGAGCUUGGGACCUUGAAAUAUCUGAAAGGAUCGUUGAGUAUAAGAAAUCUUGGACUAGUGAAGGGCAAAGAAGCAGUUAAACAAGCAAAAUUGUUCGAAAAGCCAGAUCUGUCUUACUUGGCGUUUAGAUGGGAGAGCGGAGAUCGGGAAAGCGAUAACCGUGAGGAGGAUGUGUUGGAAGGUCUCCAACCUCACCCAAAUUUGCAAGGGUUGAAAAUUUAUUAUUUUAUGGGUAAUAAAUUUCCACAAUGGCUUAUCAAUUUGUCAAAAUUGGUGAAGUUGCGGAUAGAAUAUUGCAAGAGAUGCAGUGAACUCCCCUCAUUAGGACAACUGCCAUCCCUCAAAUAUCUCUAUUUGACAAGACUGGACAACAUUCGAUUUAUUGGAGAUGAAUUCUACGGUAUUACUACUAAAGAUGAGGAGGAGGAGGAGGGCAGAUCACGAGCAUCAGGGAGCAGCACUAGAAGGCGAAAAUUCUUUCCUGCCCUUGAAGAACUCUGUGUAAAAGGAAUGAAGAAUUUGGUAGAGUGGAAAGGUGCAGACCAAGUGCGGUCAACAGUAGGUGAAGCAGAAGCAGAUGUCUUUCCCCUGCUGAGACGUGAAGUUUUGCUUCAAUCUAACAAGUAUAAAAACGGGUUACGGCACUGCAUCUUUUGA